AUGGCAGGAGGAUGGGCUCCAGAAAACGACGACAAAGGCCAAUGGAUACAAGCAGCACUGGGUGAAAUUAUGUUUGUGACAGGGGUGGUCACUCAAGGAGAAGAAAAAGUCGACCACUGGGUUAUAUCGUACAAGUUUCUUUAUGGUAAAACGGUAGAGACUUUGGAGGAGUAUCGGAAGAUUCUACAAGGGAAUAAUGACCGAAAUACACAUGUUACUAACAUGAUAGAUCCACAUGUGCUGGCCAGAUUUGUUCGCAUUAAUCCUCAAACGUGGUACAAACGUAUAGCCAUGAGGUUCGAUGUUAUUGGAUGCCCUAAAACAGUCGCCCAGUGCCCAAUGUUACCAGACCCUCCUAUUGGGCACACAAGGAUAUCUCAGCUGGAUGGAUUGUACAAUGGGGCAAUAGUACAAAAUGAAUGCCUACCAGGGAACCAUUACUACUCGGGGGAUUUUGUGAAAAAAUGUAUUGCAUACAAUUCCUCUGACGCUGGUGAAUGGGUUGGUGAUGACCUUAUAUGUCGAGGCUGUUGUGAUUUUGAGAAGACUCCCGAUACAACCCUUGUAUACAAUUUCAACACACUGUCACUAGGCCCUGUUGAUAUCCUACAAGGGAAUGCAACUAUUCAACGACAGGGGAGAUAUGUUGGACUCAAUACAAUGCCAAGUGGUGUUCUCAAUAUACAAGAUCAAAUACUUUCCGGUCAACUCGAGCUCACAUUCUGCAUAGAAACUUGGAUAGAUAUCAUAUCAAAUACAACAAAUACAACACAACAAAAUGAAACAGACAAACAUGUUAUCAUUGAGGUAUCAAAUACCUUUGGAUUGACGAUCACCAAUAACUCAAAUGAGAAUAUCAAGUUUAUUGCAUUCUUCAAUCUAAAGAAUGAAACAGUUUAUCAAUCGAUAACAUUAGAUAUGGAAUUCUUGAAGGACUCAAACUUACUCCAAAUAGUCAUGACAAAAGUCAAAGAUGUGGUUGUAUAUUUUGUAAAUGGAGUUCAAGUUUUCAGCAGUGUAACUGAAGAGGAAAUAUUUGCUUCAAUGAAUGAAACCACUCGGGAAUUUGUUGUGUCAGUUACUGGUGACGUAACCCUGUAUUCAAUCCGCCUGCAAGACACAAGCUGCUUUGACACGGUGACAUAUAAAAAUGUUCAACGACAAAGGCGAACUGGCUGCGAAAAUGGAGACAAUAGCAUCAAGUUAUCAUGUGCAAGAGGUGACGUGCUAGUAGUGCACACUGUAGAAGUAGGCCAGAGCAACAGCAGCAAUGGUAUCAACCGCAUGUGUGAAUUCCUAUACGACCCCUCGUGCGCUAUCCAGCUAGUGAAAACCCAAAAUUUAAUCAAGGAAAUGUGUGAUGAACAUAAUGAGUGUAUGAUAGCGUAUCAUGAUUACACGGAACUCAGACCGGAUACUUGUGACAUGAGUCACAGUGUAACAGCAGUGGUCACAUACCAGUGCAUAAGAAAGAUAAAUGCAAACUCUCGGAAUUUAUCAUCAACAAUGAACUCAUCAUCGGAAGUGAUGGAUUUGUUUCCAUAUGAAACUUGUGUCUCAACCAUGGAGGUGAUAGAAUUUGACAUGGGAGCCUAUUCUCAAAUUGAUGAACUAAUACUUUACUUUAAUGUUUCAUCUACUAUAGCAACUAACAAGGCUAAAUUGGUAAACAUAAAGGUCUCUACUAAUGAUACGGAGGCUGAAACCAAGACCUGCAGUACAAACGCAACUGUGACACAUUCUAUGCCUGUUCUCUAUGACUGUGGAGAUUCAGUGUUUGGGAAUUUGGUGGCUUUAGAAAUAGAGGGUAGAUUUCCAGGUUGGAUGAUUUGCAAUGUGGAGAUAUAUUCAAAAGAAGUGGCAUUUCAAACUAUUUCACCCGUCAUUGAAAUUGAUGAUACUACCACCACAACUGGUGAAACUACCAAACCAACUGAUGAAACUACCACAACUACUGAUGAACCUGCCGAAGCCACUGAAACUGCACCAGCUGCUACUGAAACUGCCGCUAACACUAUUGAAACUGCGGCAGCAACAACUGACUCUGCACAAGAAACGAGUGAAACUGCCCUGAUAACUACUGAAUCUGUCCCAAGAUCGACUGAAAUUGCCCCAGGAACUACUGAAACUACUAAAACUGCACCAGAAACUACUGAAUCUGCCUUAAGAACAAAUGAAACAACCCUUAUAAUUUCUGGAACAAUUCCAGCGACUACAUAUGGAAUCAUCCCGACAACUACUGAAACCAGUCCAACAAGUACAGAAACUGAUACACCCAGUACUGGUUUCACCAAAACAACAAAAACAACACCUUUGGAGAUUUUUCUUAAAGUAGAAGAGGAUGAAAAUGCUAAUGAAUAUGUGGCUGCUAAGAGAAUUGAGCUUGAACCAACUGAAGCAAAAUAUGCUGCUGCAGUGGGAAUUCCUGUAUGUGUCCCACCCAUCAUUUUCAUAUCGACCCUUAUUCUCCUAGACCUCCCUAAACUUGUACAGGAUCUCAGGCAGGCGUACAACUAUGUUGUAUAUGGCACAAAGGUGAAACCAAAGGUUGGCCAGAAGUCUCCUAUAUUAAACUGAGUCUAUGUAGAAUGUAUUUAUUUGCACCAUUAAGUCAGAGAGAAAAAAUUGACUUGAGAGACAACCCAUAAGCAUGCCCAUUGUUUAAAUAUGGUGGUGGGCAUUGUGAUUCCUAAAUUAUAUUUAACAGGGGCUACGGUGAGCAAUAUCGUACCUUAAAAUCAAAAGUGGCCGACUAAUACAAAACUUAUUAGUUAUACUACCAUCUACCAUAAAUAAAACACAAGGCGAUGAGCACCUUGUGUUUUAUUUAUGGUAGAUCAUAUUUAUACCAAGUAUCAAGAAACAUGCCGGAGAAUUGAAGUCAGUCCCAUUGCCUGCUAAACUGGCAACCGCAUGACUACUUUUAACUACUUUUUUUAGGUUAGAUAAAAAGUAAAUACUCAUACUUUUCUUUAGAAAUUACAUGACUUUUCUUUUUAUACGUUCACAAUAAGCUUUGUAUUUGUUCGCAAAGCAUCAAAUAUUAUUUAAAGCAUUUUGACACGGUGUGUCAUUCUUCAAAUACAG